AUGGAAGUUCUGAACUUAACUUCUCUGAACAACAAGUCGAUCCGAAUAAUGUUUUCUCAUCCAGAUCCCAGUGUUCUUAAAAGUGAAGCUGGAAACAUAUUUAUAAAGAAUUUGGACAAAUCAAUUGAUAACAGAGCACUGCACGACACUUUUUCAAUAUUUGGAAACGUACUUUCUUGCAAAAUUGCGACAGACCCUACUGGCCAAUCGAAGGGCCAUGGUUAUGUACAAUUUGAUAAUGAAGAUUCUGCACAAAAUGCUAUAGCCAAGUUGAAUGGCAUGCUUAUAAAUGAUAAGCACUUGUAUGUUGGGAAUUUCCUCAGUAAGCAGGAGAGAGAAAACAAAUUCAACAAUAUCUACGUGAAAAAUCUUGCAGAGUCAACUACAGAUGAAGAUCUAAAGAAAAUUUUUGGUGAACAUGGAGCAAUUACAAGUGCUGUAGUGAUGAGGGAUGCUGAUGGGGAGUCGAAAUGCUUUGGCUUUGUCAACUUUGAGAAUGCCGAUGCUGCUGCUCAAGCUAUUGAAGCUCUAAAUGGUAAGAAAUUUGGUGAAAAGGAAUGGUACGUCCGGAAAGCUCAGAAAAAAUCUGAGAGGGAGCAAGAACUGACAAGUCAAGUUCAGAAUAACACAAGGGAAAUAGUAGACAAAUAUCGAGGAGUUAUUUUAUAUGUUAAAAAUUUCGACGAUAGCAUAGAUAAUGACAAACUCAAGGAACUGUUUUCUGAGUUUGGUACUGUUGUUUCCUGCAAGAUACUGCGAGUUCCUAGUCGUGUAAGCAGAGGAUCUGGACUUGUUGCAUUCACAACUCCUGAAGAAGCUUCUCGAGCACUUUCUGAAAUGAAUGGGAAAAUGUUGAUCAGUAAGCAACUCUAUGUUGCCCUUGCUGAUGUAGAACAAGUGGCGUUAGAGUUUAAAGAAGAAUUGAUCCGAAAAUUGGCAAAACUAGCUGUUUCGAAUAAACGGGCAUAA